AUGAACCCUUCGCCGCUCAAGACCGCGCUGGCUUACGAGUGCUUCCAGGAGCAGGACAACUCCACGCUGGCGCUGCCGUCGGACCAAAAGAUGAAGACGGGCACGUCGGGCCGGCAGCGAGUGCAGGAGCAGGUGAUGAUGACUGUCAAACGCCAGAAGUCCAAGUCCUCCCAGUCGUCCACCCUGAGUCACUCCAACCGAGGUUCCAUGUAUGAUGGCCUGGCCGACAAUUACAACAACUACGGAACCACCAGCCGCAACAGCUACUACUCCAAGUUCCAAGCGGGGAAUGGAUCCUGGGGUUAUCCGAUGUACAAUGGGACCCUGAAGCGUGAGACAGACAACAGGCGCUUCAGUUCCUACAGUCAGAUGGAGAACUGGGGCCGGCAUUACCCCAGGGCUGGUUGCACCACCACUGGCGCAGGCAGUGACAUCUGCUUCCUGCAGAAGAUCAAGGCCAGUCGCAGCGAGCCAGACCUCUACUGUGACCCCCGGGGCACCCUGCGCAAGGGCACGCUGAGCAGCAAGGGCCACAAGACUGCCCAGAAUCGCUAUAGCUUCUACAGCACCUGUAGUGGCCAGAAGGCCGUCAAGAAGUGCCCGGGCCGCCCACCUUCCUGCACCUCCAAGCAGGACCCAGUGUAUGUGCCGCCCCUCACUUGCAACAAGGACCUGUCCUUUGGCCACUCCAGAGCCAGCUCCAAGAUCUGCAGUGAGGACAUUGAGUGCAGCGGGCUGACCAUCCCCAAGGCAGUUCAGUACCUGAGCGCCCAGGAUGAGAAGUACCAAGCCAUUGGCGCCUACUAUAUCCAGCACACCUGUUUCCAGGACGAGUCUGCCAAGCAGCAGGUCUACCAGCUGGGAGGCAUCUGCAAGCUUGUGGACCUGCUUCGCAGCCCCAACCAGAACGUGCAGCAGGCCGCAGCUGGGGCUCUGCGCAACCUGGUGUUCCGCAGCUCCACCAACAAGCUGGAGACUCGCAGACAGAAUGGGAUCCGCGAGGCUGUCAGCCUCCUGAGAAGAACCGGGUGCACAGAGAUCCAGAAACAGCUGACCGGGCUGCUCUGGAACUUGUCUUCCACUGACGAGCUGAAGGAGGAGCUCAUCACUGAUGCUCUGCCUGUCCUGGCUGACCGUGUCAUCAUCCCCUUCUCCGGCUGGUGUGAUGGCAACAGCAACGUAUCCCGGGAGGUGGUGGACCCAGAGGUCUUCUUCAAUGCCACAGGCUGUUUGAGGAACCUGAGCUCAGCUGACAUAGGCCGCCAGACCAUGCGGAACUACACGGGGCUCAUUGACUCCCUGGUAGGGUAUGUCCAGAACUGCGUAGCUGCCAGCCGUUGUGAUGACAAGUCUGUGGAGAACUGCAUGUGCAUCCUCCACAACCUCUCCUACCGACUGGACGCUGAGGUGCCCACUCGCUACCGCCAGCUGGAGUACAAUAACCGCAAUGCCUACACGGAGAAGUCCUCCACCGGCUGCUUCAGCAACAAGAGUGAAAAGAUGAUGAACAACAACUACGACUGCCCCCUCCCGGAGGAAGAGACCAACCCCAAGGGCAGCAGCUGGCUGUACCAUUCAGAUGCCAUCCGCACCUACCUGAACCUGAUGGGCAAGAGCAAAAAGGAUGCCACCCUGGAGGCCUGUGCAGGAGCCCUGCAGAACCUCACAGCCAGCAAAGGACUGAUGUCCAGUGGCAUGAGCCAGCUGAUCGGGCUGAAGGAGAAGGGCUUGCCCCAGAUCGCACGCCUGCUGCAAUCCGGCAAUGCUGACGUGGUGCGCUCUGGCGCCUCACUCCUGAGCAACAUGUCUCGGCACCCUGUGCUGCACAAAGUGAUGGGAAACCAAGUGUUCCCAGAGGUGACCAGGCUGCUCACCAGCCACACCGGCAACACCAGCAACUCGGAAGACAUCCUGUCCUCUGCCUGCUACACCGUGAGGAAUCUGAUGGCAUCGCAGCCGCAGGUGGCUAAGCAGCAUUUCUCCAGCAGCAUGAUCAAUAAUGUUCUCAACCUGUGUCGCAGCAGUGCCUCACCCAAAGCUGCUGAAGCUGCCCGGCUCCUUUUGUCCGACAUGUGGUCCAGCAAGGAGCUGCAGGGAGUCCUCAGACAGCACGGCUUUGAUCGGAGCAUGCUGGGACCCUUGACUGGGGCCAACAGUCUCAGGAACUUCACCUCUCGAUUCUAA